AUGUUGACUGAUAAUGUUGGAACUGGCCUUCUUCCUUCUAAUGUUUCUCCAGGUUCGUUGGUGACUGCAGAAGAAAAUGAGUAUUUGGUUAGUCCUAUUCGUGAUGAGGAAAUUCAGUGGGCAGUCUUCAAUGCGAAUAAGGAUUCAGCCACUGGGCCAGAUGGAUUCAACGAUCAAUUUUAUCUUUCGUUUUGGUCCAUUAUUGGACCCAAUUCGGCUUUUAUGAUGGGCCGUAGCAUUCAAGAUAGCAUUCUUUUGAGCCAAGAGGUGGUCCACUCCCUCGCCCGUAGAAAGUCUAAGGCGGCAUGUGUUAAAAUCGUUCUUAGCAAGGCUUAUGGCAGGGUGAAUUGGCAAUUUUUGGAGAAUGGACUUAAGUUUCUAGGCUUUCGUUCCAACUGGGUCAGGCGGAUUAUGACUGUGGUUUCUAUUGUGUCCUCUGCGCUUCUCAUUAAUGGCAAGGAAGGUUCCUGGUUUUACACCAGAAGGGGGUUGAGGCAGGGAGAUCCCUUGUCCCCCUACCUGUUCGUCGUUACGAUGGAAGUACUUAGCCGCAGCUUUCUGACCAAUUUGCAAGUAGGAAGGAUCUUGGCUCCCAAGAUUCAGGCCAUCUUUGCGAGCCAAUGUGAACAUCUUGUGAUUAAAGUUAAUCAGAAGCAUGCUGGCUGGAAGCAGAAGCUACUCUCUUAUGCCAGGAACAACAAGGAGGCAAAAGGGUUGCACCUUAUCAGUUGGGCGACGCUUUGUAAGCCAAAGGUGAAGGGUGGAGUUGGACUUCGUUACAUGGUGGAUGUUAAUAGGGCCAACUUCUAUUUUCUUGGGGUCAAAGCAAUCACACAGGAUUCUCUUUGGACUGAUCUUGUCAAGGUCAAAUAUUCAGUUAAGAAAAGUUUGUGGCAUUAUAAACUCAGCGGGAGUGAAUCCUUUUUAUGGAAGAGGGUGAUCAAAUGUAGGCAGCUUAUUGAAUUUCAAGUUCAUUGGAGAGUCUAUAAUGGUUCUAGAGUCAAAUUUUGGCGUGACCGGUGGAAUGGUGUUAUCAUCGCUAAUAAGAUUGCACUUGCUCAUUGGCCCCUUGUUCUAGACACCAUAAACUGCUCUGUUAAAGAGAUACUUGCUGAUCAGGAAACCUAUGUCCAAUUGUUUUUUGAUUCUAUGAGCAUUCCGAUGCAAGUUCCGGUCCUUGAGGACAGCCGGCAGGGCAUACUAGAAUGGGUGGACAGUGGCAACCGUCCACCGUCAUGA